AUGAACGCGUCUAGUAACAAGUCUUCCCCCGGACUUCCCGGGGAUGACUCUCAGCAUCCCGCCAUUCCCCCCUCCGCCCCCGCCUCCGCCCUCUAUCGCGAAAAGCCCUCCGCUCCCCCCGCGUUCGCCUUUCCCCAGGCGCAGCCUUCCCCGGGAAACGCCGCUGGUGAAUUAAAACCGCUCCGCCCACCCCCCGGCGCGUACAGGCGGUCAGUUUCGAUGGCUGACGUGGACAAGGGGAAAAGUUACGUGUUAAGCGCUAGGGUAACCCCUCGAGAGGAAGCUUCGCGCGAAAUAACACCCCGACCUUCCACUGCUCAAGAAGUUUCCCGCGAGAUAACGCCUCGUCCCUCCACUGCUGCUACUGACGUUGCCUCUACCCCAACCACUGACGUUCCUUGGACUCCGACUUUUGAGCGAGACGGGGCCAUGCCGCCUUCCACGCCGCAAUCGGCGGCGGAGGCAGCGGCGCAGAGGGCCGCGCGGAAGGCGGCGCAGGGGUCCUGCAUUCCGCCGAGGGCGCAGUCCCCGCGGAGGCGCAACAGCGGGCUGUUCCGCAAGCAGGGCUCCGGAAGGCUUGAUGGGUCGCAGAGACAGGGGUCGGGGAGGCUGGAUGGGCCGCAGAGGCAGGGAUCGGGGAGGGGGCUGGCGGGACUGGCUUCCGCCGCAGCGGGCGCAGCAGCGGGGGCAGGCGCGGGGGCGGGUAGGAGGAGCAUCUCUCGCAUGUCUUCCGUUAAGAAAUGGCGGGUGCUAAACGCGCUAGUAAAGCAGAUGAACGUAGAGGAUGCGGAGAACGAGACUGCUGACGACGGGAACGGCGGCGGCGCCGGCGAUGGCGGGGGCGGGGGCGGUUUCACGGCGACUGAAACGCAUUCCGGGGCGAUUAAGUCUGAGUCGGAUAAGAGCGGGUGGGGCGCGCCGAGCUUCUCAGGAAUGAGCGUUGGGGGGGAUACGGAGGGCGGAGGGGGCGGGCAGACGGAGGAGUUCAGCGUUCCCUGGAGUUUCGGCAGUAUGGGGGAUGUAGAACGGUUCAAUAACACUGCAGGGGGCGGGUUUGCGGAUUAUAGCGUGGCAGCUGCGAGUGUGUGCCAGGUUUCCCCGGCGAUUUUCGAGGCGCAUUUGCAUUUGGCGGAGACCAUGGCUAGGGAGGAGAUGGAGCGGCAGCAGCAGCAGCAGCGGCAGGAGGGGCGGCAUGGCAAGGGGCCAAGAACGCCGAGAACGCCGAGGGUGAGUGGACGGGGGCAUGGGCUUCCGCAGCAGCUCGCGCAGCAGCUCUCGCCGGCAGCAAAAGAGCAGUAA